GUACCGUGGCUUAAAGACAUAAGAUCAAGAACGAACAAGAAAUAUAAUGUAUGUAAAUGAAAAUCUCCUCCGAUAUAUUGCUAUACCGAGGUCUAAAGGGGCGAUUUCGUGUUCCUGUGUUGAUCAUUCCCGUCCUGGUGAAGCUGAGCAAAUAUCGAGACUCUUUGACAUCAUAUGACGUUAAUCAUAGCAAUAUCGUGACGCUAUCUCAGUUUUGUAGACAAGACAACAGGAAAACUCCAAGUAUAAACUUGUGAAUCCAAACAUAAUAGAUCAAGCAGACAGCCUGAAGUGUAGCUACUAAACGCCUUUGAACGAAAUUUUGUAAUCUCUGACUCGAGUCGAACUAGGUUAGGUAUUAGCAAGAACAACGCCAGCCACUAGAAUAAAAACAUAAUUUCCUAAAAUGGCAACUCCACUACGCUCCCUCACGGCCGCUAGUCUACGCUGUGUCCGCACGGGCAGAUCCACGGGCGCAAGUCUACCUAAACCUAUGCCCAGCACCACUAAUACCAUCAUCACAUCCCGCCCCUUCACAGCAACAGCAGCAAUUGCAUCGGCAUCACCGCAGCCCAAAAUCCUCCUUGAGGAUCGGGACUCCGGAUUCCGGUUCGUGCGGCACAACCCGGCGCCGCCGAAGCCGCGGACCCGCUCCGUGACCGAAAUCCGGGGCCCAUACUACACCGCCGUGGGCCCGCGGUACCUGUCCGACGUGCUAGAGACGAUGGGCACGCACGUCGACGGGCUCAAGUUCGCCGGCGGAUCGUUCAGCCUGUUCGCGGAACCCCCGCUGCGGCAGCUGCUCGACCUGGCGCACGCGCACGGGGUAUACGUGAGCACGGGCGGUUGGAUCGAGCACGUCCUGGCGUCUAGCGGCGGCGACGUACCAGACGCCGUCGACAGGUACCUGGCCAAGUGCAAGGGCCUGGGGUUUGACGUGGUCGAGCUGAGCGCCGGGUUCCUGUCGCUGCCGCCGGACGACUGGCUGCGGCUAGCGGAGCGCGUGCAGAAGGCGGGUCUGAAGCCAAAGCCCGAACUGGGCAUCCAGUUCGGCGCCGGCGGCGACACCUCCGCUGCGGAGCUGCAGAGUAUCGGCACGAGCGAUCCGAGUAAAGUGAUUAACAUGGCGAAGCGGUUCGUGCGGGACGCUGGCGUCGAGCGCGUCAUGAUUGAGAGCGAGGGUAUCACGGAGAAUGUGCAGACUUGGCGCACGGACGUCAUACAGGCUAUUCUACGAGAGUUACCGCUGGAGAAUGUCAUGUUUGAGGCGGCUGACCCGUCGGUUUUCAACUGGUACAUUCGAGAGUUCGGCGUCGAUGUCAACCUCUUCGUUGACCACUCUCAGAUCGUCCAGCUGGCUGGACUAAGAGCAGGCAUCUGGGGCAAGAGUGACACCUUUGGCAAGAUUACUACUUACCGACCAUAGGAUAUCUGGUGAAUUGGUCUGAUGUUAUAAAGAAUUUCCAAUAUUACCCUCUUGUUUUGUUAGACAGGGCCAUUUACGAAAGGGCCGCUUAUUAUCGGUCGGCAUUGGGUUUACGGGUCAAAUGAACGCAGCCGUUUUAUCUUAAUUUUACGUUAUGGACGUCUAUGAGAGUAAUUGUUUACGCCACUCGGCGCUAUUUGCGGGUUGGAGUAAUAUGUAGGCUUUAUGG